ACCAGCCAUGCAAGAGAGGAGGCAGUGCGGAGAGUUCGGUUUUACAUCGGGGCGUCCAAAAAACGGUCGCACCGAAUCAAAAUGGCGGAGAAGAUCCCCGAACCAGAAGACCCGCCAAAGGAGUUCCAGAGGUCAAGGAUGUCCAGCUUUAAGAAUUUUUUCCGGGGCAGCAGCAAGCGGAAGAAACGGAAGUCUUUGGAGGAGGCGCAUGAAAACUUGAGAAUCGACGGGACCGUGAUCAAGAGGUCAUCCCCGGUAGCGAUCGUCGUGAACCAGGGUGCAUCGGCAGACGAUGCCCGGGAGUCCGCGGAACCGGAACAGCACGUGAUCGUCUCCCCGGGAGAAAACGAUGACCUUGAGGAGCUUGACCUGGUAGAAGACAGUUCAUUCUGGAAGCCCAGAGAUUUCAGCUUCCAGAGGUCCCACAGCACCAAGUCCCGGCUGAAGCCCCUGCUGGAGGACGACGACGACCUCGACACGCACGUGAUCGCGAGGAGCUACACGGACGCGAACCUGCUCUCGCACUACCCGGCCUUUCUGAUGAGACCGCUCCACGCCCACCGUGAUGCGUCGAAGGAGCAUGGGGAUAAAAAGAAGGGGAGCUCUGCCAGUGACGACUGCGGCGGCGGCUCUCAUCGUCGCGGGGUGUUCAGCCGGAGGUCCCACCGGGCCGGCGACCAUGCACACGCGGGGUCGAAGCAUGGGAGACAGGCCAAGGGAAGUCAUCGGGACAGCCUCCGGAGACACGUUGUGCAGCUGCUGACAAGGCGCAAGUCAAAGAGCGGACACGCCACAUCCCAACAGAGCUUACAUCGAGGGUUGGUGGCUUAAUUAUCUAAUGUGCUGUUGCUGGUGUUGUUGUUGUUGGUGGUGUCGUUGAUGUAGGUGGGGGGUUUUUUUGGUUUCUUUUUGUAAUUUUUUCUAAUUUUUUCUUGGUCCGUAUUUAGAAAUCAGUUUGUGCCCCGCCCACUCAAAGAAAAAGCUGACCAUCACGCACGUGUCUUUUUACUCUUUUGAAAAUGGUCGGACCUAUCGACUGGACAUGUUUCGUCUUCAAAUGCGUAACGCCGAUUGGUCCAAUAGCAGCAUACGCUAUUUUCCAUUCAUUGGGAUAUGAUUAGCGCCUUUGAUUAAGAGCAACGUGUUCAGUUAACUUAAGGAAUAUCAUUACACAUUGACGCCCUAAUUAAGCUUUAUCCCGAACUCGCCACGCCACUGUGUUCGGAAGCCGGCUGUUUCCGCCCUUGUACAAAUAUCUAAGUAUGUCAAGACUUAGUUUCUUACUCGUUUAAACGCCCUAUAUCGUUGCUAACCAACGACGAAUAGCCUGGUUGGGCCAAACCUCGGCGAAAUGCCCUGGUGGUGCCGGCCUCGGGGAAAUGCCCUGGUGGUGCCGGCCUCGGGGAAAUGCCCUGGUGGUGCCGGCCUCGGGGAAAUGCCCUGGUGGUGCCGGCCUCGGGGAAAUGCCCUGGUGGUGUCGCCCUCCGUUAAAGACCAUGGUUGUGCCAACCAUGAUCGAAUGCCCCAUCGGUGUUAAUCUCGUUUCAAUCCCCUGCCGGUGCGAAGCCAUUAGCCGAGAGACACACAUAAAAAUAAUCGCAUGUGACACAGUUGUUUCAUGACUUGUGUUAAUGACCAUCAGCUGCAGCGGCGGCUCGUUAAUUACAACUGCCAUUGACAUGUCAACAGCACCAACUCUUUGACCUGCCUGGGACAUUCAGUAGCAUGAAUGGUGCAGGAGCCAACGUGUGUAAUGAUCAUCACCUCAUUGAAUGAAAGGCUAUGACAAUUUGAAUGAAAUCUCAUUUACUGUAAUAUCGGUGGGGGUUUUUUGUGUGGUUUUUGUUGUUGUUUUUUUAAAAUCAUUUCAAUAAAUGUCGCUUUUGUUCGUGGCUGGCUCGCUGGCAAAAUCUUCCGACAGCGCAUUGACCAACUCUACGUCAACAUAUCGAGCUGAAACUUGGCCCAUAGACCCGUUGCCGAUGACAACACAAUCUUUCACGUUUUCAGCCCCCACCCCAAAACCCAACGCCAACCCCCCCCCCCCCAAAAAAAAAAUCAGCUUUUUCCUGUUUUACAAGGAAAGAUGAAGGAAAUAUGAUGACACUGAUUUCACGAAAUAAAUUCCCGAUAACUGUUCUAAAUGGUAUUCCUUUUUUUUUUAAAAUAUCGUCACUGCAUUUUGUUCGUAUUAUUUCUUUUAUUUUUUUCUGAAAUAGUUGAUGAAAUAAAUCUGCGGUGUAGAAGCGUGUGGGUCUUUAGAAUAUUAAUAUAGUUCAGGGGCGUGAAUAAAAUGUGCGGUUGCGAGCCUUGGGGGAGGGGGGACUAAUUGGGAUUCUUAUAAAGUGCGUUACUUGUGUGCACGUUUUGUCACAUUUUCAGCCCACACCACAUGGUGCGAUGUUACAUUCUUUAAAGGAUUUAUACGAAACAUUUUGGGGAGUGGGUGGGAUUUUUGGGAGUGGGUGGGAUAUUUGGAGAGUGGGUGGGAUUUUUGGAGAGUGGGUGGGAUUUGUUUUUGGAGGAGUUGGUGGGAUUUUGGAGGAGUGGGUGGGAUUUUUGGAGAGUGGGUGGGAUUUUUGGAGAGUGGGUGGGAUUUAUUGGGAGUGGGUGGGAUUUUUGGAGAGUGAGUGUGAUUUUUGGAGAGUGAGUGUGAUUUUUUGGGAGUGGGUGGGAUUUUUUGGGAGUGAGGGGGAUUUUUUUUGGUGAGUGGGUGGGAUUUAUUUUCGGGGAGUUGGUGGGAAUUUGAGAGUGGGCUGUUUUUUUUUUAAAAAUUGUUUAACGGAAACGCGGGAUUAUGCUCUCGGGCGGUGCAUCCAUUUUCUGGUGUCUGGCUUCCUGUCUUGUCCAGAAAAAUGGACUUUGGACUUCCCGUUGCGUGCCUGUGUGCUGUUGUCGCGUUACGGCCACAAAGCCGUUAAUACUCUGUCUGCAUCCCUGGCCAUGGGAAUCUUUUUUUUUUAAUUUUUUUUUUUUUACUAUUUUUUUUAUAAAAUAGGAUUUUUUUAUUGAUCCAAAUAAAAUGGAAAUGUUUUGUUUUUCUUUUUAUCGGCCACAAAGUCGUUAAUUCUCUGUCUGCAUCCCUGGCCAUGGGAAUUUUUUUUUUUUAAUUUUUUUUUUUUACUAUUUUUUUUAUAAAAUAGGAUUUUUUUAUUGAUCCAAAUAAAAUGGAAAUGUUUUGUUUUUCUUUUUAAAUUACAGGGUACAUAGUCAUUUCCAGAACAUAGAUACAUCGCCUACAUAUUUUCUUUGUUUCUACAUCGCAUGCCAGGGGAAAACACUGAUAUGAAUGACGUAAUAAACAAUAUGCAUCAUACCACCUGUGGAGCUAAUACGUCGUAUAAGAUUUUGGAGGACUCGGACAGCAGAAUCUGUUUUACUUCCUUAACAGAUCAACCCACUCGAGUUGGCUAAAGGUGGAGGUUAAACAAAAAAAGUCAUCCUCGGUUGAAUUGCUAAAAAUAACUUGUUUUCCCCGUGUACUCUGGUGCAUUGGUUAAGGGCGCCAAAACCAGGAACCGGACCAGGGUGUCGCAAGCUUUAGCCACUCAACCGGCGUAACCCCGUAGCCUCGUAGCAUUUCGUGCACAAAAUGAAUAACUGUUUUGCUCUUUUAUCAUUUACACAAUUUCUUAUCAAUUGCUCCCAUGAUGAAUGUCGAUAGACACAUGUGGAUUUGUGUACGGUUUACGUCUAACGCAAUAGGUAGAGGAUUAAUUCAUUUUGGUUUAUUCACUAACGUUCCAACGACAUGAACCAGAAAGCCGAAUGCCAUCGACCGGACGAUACAAGGGAGACAACGUGGGGGGAAGAUUGACCAAGAACAGGGGGGGGGGGGCAAACACACAUACACACUCACGCACGCACAAAAGCCAACGUUGGGUAUUAAUCGUGCGCUGCCGCGUCGCAUUCGCCGGUUCGUGCCAUGGUAUUACCACAUCGGUGGCAGGACCGGCAGGAUUAUCUGGCCGGUGCCCGGACUCGUGACACUCGGAGGCUUUUCAACGUGUUGAUCCGAGCAGAGCCUGUGGAUAUGGUACUGGCAGCCAGGUAGGGUGUGUGUGUGUGUGUGGAGGGGGCGGGGGAGCAGAAUCACUGUGUAUAAUUGUUCUUGAAAAUGCCUGCCUUUUUUUUUCUGACCACCAACAACCAAUAGCGUUCAUUAUUUCUAAGGAUUUGAUGUGUUUUUUGUUAUUUAUUUAUUUAUUUUUAUUUUGAAACUGUCAAAUUAGUGUAGUAUAAUAACUGUAUCACAUGACCAGUACUUAACUACUCCACGGAUAAGGCAUCAGAAGCGCCGCCGUAAAGAACAAAAAGAAACGAAAACCAAAUUUAAUUGAAAGCCGCGUUUGCCUAACGGAAAUUUUGACUAGCAUCAAGAAAUGGUAGAGUGAGUGGGCGAGAGGGGGGCUGUAGGUCCCUACAUCCAACAACCACUGGCACCAGUCUUGUAAUGACGUUGUUGAAAAGCUGGCCUGCUGGCCUCUGUUUGAGAGUACUGCGGAACAUCAGGAAUGACCCCAUGGGAGUGCUUGUUGACAGCGUGGGCCUAGAGAGAGAGAGGCAGGGGUGUACAAGUUCUCCCUUGUUAUAUUAAUGAUAAUAUCACGCCCCUCCUGCCCCCUUCCCCCCUUCCCUCCCCUCGGGGGACUUGUUACUGGGGUUCAAGGACCAGGUCAUAGGGGCGAUGAUGUGGUGUUUAUUUAAUUUAGAACACCACUUCCAAGGUGUUGGUGAUUUGAUAGCUCGUCACUUAAGGGUUGUUGGGGGGGGGGGUUGUUGUUGUUUUUCCCGUGAAGAACAAAUCCUUCAGCGCAUCAACUACCCUACACCCUUUGAUCAAUUAUUAAGAUUCCGAAUUCGGGACUCCAUCCCCUUAUUGACCAGGUAAUAGGGGCGAUGAUGUGGUGUUUAUUUAAUUUAGAACAGCAGUUCCAGGGUGGUGGUUAUUUGAUAGCUCGUCACUUAAGGGUUGUUGGGGGGGGGUUGUUGUUGUUUUUCCCGUGAAGAACAAAUCCUUCAGCGCAUCAACUACACUACACACUUUGAUCAAUUAUUAAGAUUCCGAAUUCGGGACUCCAUCUCCUUAUUUGAUACCAGAGAUUUAUCUUUCCAGGGUCAUUGUUUUUGCUUGUACUUGUAUUUUUUGUUCUGUUGUUGUUUUUUUUUGUUUUUUUGCUGUGCUGUAGAUUGAACCACCAGACUUGAACAUUGGUGAUCGCACAGCCAUCCAGACACGGACCCGGAUGUUCAGAAUUCAAACUUUACAACUUAUUGACAGGCCUACUUAAGUUCAUUUUGUGAGCAAAGCACUAGAUUUGAUCAUUUGAUUUGCUAAAAAAAAAAAUGUGAAUUUUUGAAAAUUAUUUAUUUUUUUUUAAAGAUAUUAUCGAAUUUGCGAACUUUUCUUUAAUCAAGAUUACUACUGAACAGUCAACAAAUUUCGUGCGAUUUUAGAACUGUGCAUUUUUUGUUUUGUUUUACUGAUUAUCGUAGUGAACCCUCGAAUUAAAAUACCAAUACCAUAACCCACAGAAUGGCAUAUGGCGAAAGGUGGGGGCACGGGGGGACAGAUGCAUCCGGGUGCCAGCUAGUUAGGGGCGCCAGCUAAUUAGGGGCGCCAGCUAGUUAGGGGCACCAGCUAGUUAGGGGCGCCAGCUAAGUUAGGGGCGCCAGCUAGUUAGGGGCGCCAGCUAGUUAGGGGCGCCAAAAAUGUGAUGUGAUAUUAUUUUAUUGAUGAGAAUAAUGGGUUUAAGAGUUGAAAAAGAAAAGUGGUUGCUUGAAAAUGAAUCGUGUUCCCGGGCGCCAAACACUCUAGCUACGCCUCUGCAUGAUAUCCUCGUUGUGCGCGAGCCACGCUUCUUGAGCUGUCUGAACUUGUGAUAGAGCUUCACAUGGCGACACGGCGGAGUGAUCCUGUGUGUGUUUUGGUUAUUUGUGGUAUUUGUGAUGUUAGGUCCAGGCCUGUGAGGGGAACAGAAGCGAAAUCGUCAUCGAAAUUCCAAGUCUGUAAACAAAAUAAUGGGCUUAGCAGGCGUGGGGGGUGUGGGGAGGGGGGUUGGUUUGGCUCUUUUUUUUUUUUUUUGGGAAGGGGGGGUAGUCUGUAAACAAAAUAAUGGGCUUAGCAGGCGUGGGGGGUGUGGGGAGGGGGGUUGGUUUGGCUCUUUUUUUUUUUUUUUGGCAAGGGGGGUGUGGGGGAUGGGGACAUAUUGAUGACAUCAUUUGACACAGAUAUGCAACGGUCUGAUGUGAAAACAAAUUAAGAGAGCGCUUAAUAUAUCAACAAGUUAUACUUUUUAAAAAAAAAAAACUUUAUAUCAUAGAGUACUUGAGCUUUAGCCACAUGUGGCUUACCUGCAGUGGCUGUGAGCGUUUAAUGUGACGCUAACUCACCACAACACCCCGGUUCUUAAAGAUCUGCACUGUGAAGUCUUCACGUGAGUGAGCGCAUUGACCACAAAUUCUGUCCCUGGCGUACAGCUGUAUGGAAGGCUCUGCACCUGACUAUCUAAAAGAGCUGACUUCCGAACAUAUAUCCUUAAAGAACCUGCGCUCUUCAUCACAGUCCCUGCUGAGAGUUCCCAGUUGGGGAUGGACACAAAAAGAAGUCCUUCGGAGUGCGCUCUUUUGAAGCUAUAGCGCCUAAAUUAUGGAAAAGUUUGCCUCAAUCUUCAAUGGAAAUUAAAAGUGAUUUUAAAAAAUCAUUAAAGAGAUUCUGAUAUUUAAAGCCUUUUUUCUUUAAAUAGUUUUUAUGACAUCAGAGCGCUGUGAGUAUGCUAAAAUAGCACGGACACAAGCACUAUGCAAGUAACCAAUCAUCAUCACUGAGCCCUAGCCACGUGUGGUUUACUUGUGUUGGUGAGCUGUUAAUGUGACACUGCAUGGGCCCUAGCCACGUGGGGCUUACGUGUGGCUGUCAGCUGUUGAUGUGACACUGCAUGGGCCCAAUAGCCACGUGUGGCUUACCUGUAGCUAUGAGCUGUUAAUUUGACACCAACUCUGCUCUAACCGCGCGUGGCUGACUUCUGUUGGUAACCUUUUAGUGUGGCAACGCAGCAGACGACUGUCGAGGUGGAGAGAUACUGGACUGUGUGCUUGCGUGGCACCAUGCCCUGCUGGACAUGCAGUAGAUGGCCGGCAGCGCGUGUGUGUGUAUGCACGCCAGUGGUUCUCGGCCUUCCUAAUGCCGUGACCCUUUAAUACAGUGACCCCCCCCCACCCAACCAUAAAAUUAUGUUUGUUGAUUGUUGAUACUUCAUAAAUUUGUGUUUUCCAGUGGUCUUAGGCGACCCCUGUGUAAGGGUCGUUCGACCCAAAAAAAAAGGGAUCGCGACCACAGGUUGAGAACCGCCGUUCUAGACUGUAGAACUUUAUUGUACAACCUAACCCAAUGCUUUUUAACUUUAUUGUACAUCUUGGCUCAUAGGUCUAGGCUUUAGAACUGUAUUGCACAACUUGUCCUUGGCCCAUAGGUCUAGGUUUUAGAACUGUACUGUACAACUUGUCCAUAGGUCUAGGGUCUAGACUCUAGACUGUAGAGCUUAAUUUUACAACUUGUCCGUAGAUCUUAGCUGUAAGCUCUGCCACUCUUUAAUGAAGAACUUUUAGUUUUUGAAAAUGAAAGAACACGAAUGAGCUUAGAUUAUUUCGGACAUUGUAUCCAUAUAAAGAGGAAAUGAAAAAGAAAUAACCUAGGCAUUCGUCUUUGACUUAUCAGCUUCUACAGGGGGUUGAAGCCCUGAGCUUGGUAGUAAUGGAUGAAUUGACUGUUUCACUGUGGAUGGUUGUAGACCAAUAAAUACACAGGUUCAAAUUCGAGAUAUUUUAGACGCAAAAAAUGUAUUCGAUUCCACCUCCAUCCUCGACGUGAACAUCAGUUUGUCUUUGCGCUGUUUGAACACGUCAAGCAAUAUUAAUAUAGAAAUAGCACUGCACGACAGCAGCAGCGAUCCAAAGCACCACAUCACCGCAACAUGACAGCACCGCAAAAUGACAGCAACACAACAUGACAGCACCACAACCAUGACAGUACCGAAACAUGACAGCAACACAACAUGACAGCACAGCAACAUGACAGCAACACAACAUGACGCCACCGCAACAUGACAGUCCCACUACACGAAAGCACCACAACCUCACAACAACACACCACUCUACCCCGUCACCAUAACACAACAGUACCACAACACAACACCACCACAGCACCAAAAAACCAAUACCCCAACACAACACCACCAGAGCACCACAACCCAACAAUACCCCCAUCCAACAACACCACAACCACACAGUACCACAGCACCCCCCUCCAAGGCAUAACCACAACCCCAUAGCACCACAACACAUUGUUUUUCUAUUCUGACCAAGUUAAUCACAACUGUACCGGGGCACUCGGGUUCAAACCACGAACAUGUGAGAACCUCUUGCCCGGCGUGACCUCACGUACACUUUCUCCAGGUGACGACUCCUCGCGUGGUGUCUACGCCAACCCCCUCCCCGCCACCAACCACCGUUUCCGAAACACCUGACCAGGCCUCUGUCGUGGCCGCAUGUUAACAUCACCAUCAGAUCCCAUUCUCCGGUGUAACCUCGCGUUCCUUGGCUUGUGCACUGAAGCGUUGUAUCUCUCGGUUCAGAUCUGUAGCCCCCCGGGGGGAUGGGCUCAUCAUAAAUAUUGUGGUAUUGAUGUACAUUACGUCGUCUGUUCUCCCUGCUGUUAUUGGGGCCGGGCCUGCAUAGAUUGGUAUCAGGUAUUUGAAUGGGGUGGCUGAUCAGUGAAAUGUAUUAGGUCUUUCGCGUUUACGAUGGUGUCAUUGUGACCACGGUUCUAUGUCGUGACCGGUGCAGUUGAGAUGGAAGAUGGCGAAACUUGGAAUAAUGAACACAACGAAAGUAAGGUAAGUGAUUGAAGUGUAAUAUGUGUGUGUACAUCUUUCACCCCCGUCCGUUUAUCUGUGUGUGUAUCCACUUACUUGUGUCUGCCUGUGUCCAACUGUCCGUGUGCCUGCGUUCAGCUUCCGUCUGCCUGCGUUCAGCUGUCCGUCUGCCUGUGUUCAGCUGUCCGUCUUCCUGCGUUCAGCUGUCCGUCCGCCUGUUUGUCCAACUGCCCAGAGUAUCAGUAUACGAGUGUUUGUUUUUCUGUCUGCCUCUCUUCCUGUUUACUGGAACCUUUGCACAUGUCCUCGACCCCCGUGCCCGUCCGUCCAGUUAGCUCCCACUGUUGACUACCUUGUUCACACUUUCAGCCAUUUUUCUGCCUGCCUGAUGUUAACACAAAUACACCAACUGGAAUUGUCGAAUUUUGUGUUCAUCUACUUCGAAAUGAAAUGUCCUACAUGUCCAUUCUUAGCCUUGCCUGCCUAAUAAGGUUGCCAAAGUAUCCUACUUUUUCUCUCUAUCUCUCUCCCUCCCUCCUGUCCUCUCUCUAUCUCUCUCCGUCCCUCUCUCUAUCUUUAUUUCUCUCUCCCCUCUCUCAUAUUCUCUCUUUCUUUCUCCCAUUGUCUCACUCCUCUCUUUCUCUCUCUCUGCCUCUCUCCCACUUUCUCCCACUCUCUUUCUAUCAUUGGUUGGAGUCUACAACAGGUCCUCCGUACUUUAAUAUGUUAAGGAAUCGCUGAAUGGUAGACGGAAUGUAAACACCUGAAGGUAAUGAUGACGUAUGCAUCUUCUGGGAAUCUUUCCUUUUCAUUCCAUCUAUGUAGCAAUAGUCCAUUACCCUUACUUAACCUACAGCAAAGUGCCAAAUAGCCCAAAAUGCCCCUUACUUAACUUACAGCAAGGUGCCCAUUAGCCCAAAUGCCCCUUACUUAACCUACAGCAAGGUGCCCAUUAGCCCAAAUGCCCCUUACUUAACCUACAACAAGGUGCACAUUAGCCCAAUACCCCUUACUUAACCUACAACAAGGUGCACAUUAGCCCAAUACCCCUUACUUAACCUACAACAAGGUGCACAUUAGCCCAAUGCCCCUUACUUAACCUUCAGCAAGGUGCCCAUUAGCCCAAUACCCCUUACUUAACCUACAACAAGGUGCCCAUUAGCCCAAUGCCCCUAACUUAACCUGCAGCAAGGUGCCCAUUAGCCCAAUGCCCUUUACUUAACCUCCAGCAAAGUGUAUAUCUUAAUUAUAUCUGCCAUUAGAAUGGAAUGGCUUAAUUAACACACACCACAGAUACACAUACACCCACAUACCCACACACCCACACACACACACGAGGUUUAAGUACAGAUUUCCUCACAACGGCUAAUAUUUUUUUUUUUUUUUUUUUUAAUGUUAGACAUUGUAAAACUCCGUCUCAUAGUCAUAGAAUCGUACUCUGUCUUACGCUUUAAGAGCUCCGAAUACACAAAAAAUUAAUUUAAUUAAAUGAACAGUGCAAAUGGGAAAAAAACCCUAUCAUUCUCAACACUUCUACAGGAAAUGGCUCAAAUAAAAUAACAACAAUGAUAUUAACUUUGUCAGUGACCAAUCUUUGUAACCGGAAUGUCAAACACUGCAAGGUAAAGGGCAGUUAUUCGAGACAUAUUUAAUAAGUCGUUUUAGGAAAUCAGUCAAAACUUGGAGUAGUUCUAAGUUCUCCUGGCAUUUGUAAUGAGUACAUGUCUGUAAUUAUGAUAUUCCCAAAUGUUUUUUUUUUUUUUUUUUUUUUUUUUUUUUUUACCCAUAUCAGAAAAAUAUGUAAAUUCGAAUUCGAUUACAGAUACAAUCGCCUCAUUCUGAUUACGACUGUGCGCGUAAUAUAUCAUAAGACAACUACAAUUGUUUGACUCUUGUCUAUACGAUACUGCUCUUCAAAUACCCGGCUGUAGCAUCGAAGCCGGCUUGUUCAUCGAAGUCCAACCAAUUAUUUUAAGCCAUCAACUUUUAAAGUCAAAGUGAGUUCUCGGCCUUUAUCGACUACAACACGUGAUUUAUGAUCACGGUUUAGAAUUUCCUUAGCUUUCACACACUCACACGCGACACACACACUUGAACACAAUACACGCGCACACACACACAAACACAAAUACCACGUAAAUGAACUUUCAAGAAUUGCAAAGCCGUCAAUCACACGACACUCACUCUUUCUUUCCUUUUUGAAAUGUCUGUUGUUUUGAUGCCUUUAUCUUUAUGAAUUAGUUUCAAGUACUGGAGUUGUCACUACGGCUGAUAAGGUUGUGUCAGUUUAAAAAAUAUGUUUAUAAUUCCAUACCAAAAGGGGUCUAUCAAAACAAAACAAAAAGGUUUUAUACCUAAUACUUUUCUAGAUAUGUCCUAAAAUGGAACAGAGGCAAAAAACAAAAACAAAAAGAGAGGAAAAAAUGUGUUUCGUAAACAAAAAAAUAUAAAAAAAUAAACAAACUAAAUGAAAACUUGUAUAAAUUGUUUAUAAAUUGCAAAAAUUAUGCUAAUUAUGAUAUGCUUAAAACAGGAUGACCAUGUACAGUCGAAGUCGUUGCCCUCCUUUAAAAGUUGGUCGUAUUUGAUAAAGAAAUAUAAAUUGAAAACAUAUUGCCCAUGUCUGCAAGAACUAAUUCAAAUAUUAGGCUUUAUAGCGAUGGAAAGUUAGUUUAAUGCCGUAUUGUUCUGAGAAUAGGCCGAACCUCCCCCCCCUCCCCAUGUAGCAAGUAUUUAAUCUAAUUAUUUUGCUCACAAAAAAAUUUUUAAAAUUUGAGGUAAACAUUAAAUAAAUCAAAGUUGUCUGCAAAAACUAAUUCAAAUAUUAGGCUUUAUAGCGAUGGAAAGUUAGUUUAAUGCCGUUUUGUUCUGAGAAUAGGCCGAACCUCCCCCCCCCCCCCAUGUAGCAAGUAUUUAAUCUAAUUAUGUUGCACACAAAAAAAUUUUUAAAAUUUGAGGUAAACAUUAAAUAAAUCAAAGCACCAAUAUAUUUGAACAACGGGUAGUGGUGGCGCCGCUUAAAACUUAAAACCGGGGCAGCGGCCUGUUUUAGAAGAAAACAUACAAUAUUUAGAUUUGAAUGUUAAGUCUGUCUGCAUUUUACUUGAAUAUUCGUAUCAUCAAAUAUAUAGAGCGUGUCAACGUUACAUUGAUUUCGAUAAUUUUAUUAAAAGGUUUACAAAAAUGCCAACUGAGUCGGCUAAAUAAUAGAUCUACCGAUUCCCUGCAUCAACACACGAGUGGGAGUUAGAGAGGAAAACAAAUUAGUACAGCUAUCCUGAAAAAGAUAACUACAUGGAAUUAACCAAUCAAAUUCUCUCUUACAGGUGUCUCUCAUGUCCCCUCUAUUUCUUAUAUUUUACAUAUUUCCAAAAUAUAUUUGCCCGUUAAAAUCUUAUUUAUCAGUGUAAUGAUACAUUAUUUCUGUUACUUCCUGCAAUCUUGGUUUCGAAAAACCCAACUUCCGGCAAACACAUUUAUGGCGCAUACAUAUAUCCGUUUUGGAGGUACUUCCUAUUUCUCGUGGUUUCCUCAUUUGUCCCGUCUGCCGAGGAAGGCUCUUAGCCGAAACGUUCUUCUUGUAUUGUCCUGUCUUUAUAUGUCAUGCCUCUACGUAACUUGUUCCACCAUUUCCUUCAUUUUAAACGAACAAUAAUGUUGCCCCUCCAUUGAGAUCUGGUUGUUGUAGGAACCUUAACUAGCCAGCCAGUGUAAUGCCUUAACUGUCGACAUUAUCAUUUUGGAGACUGAGUUGAAAUAAACUGUUCUAUAAUAAAUUAAAUAACACAAUUUUUUUUUUUUAAUGUACUGGUGAGGAAGAACCAUGUCCAAAUGUGGAUCCGCCGUCAAUCUCACAUCACAGGUCACCACCUGUGGUAGGUCCCGAACUUUGUUAGAUCACCACCUGUGUUCAGGUCACCACCCGUGUUCACACCACCUGUGUUAGGUCCCGAACUUUGUUAGAUCGCCACCUGUGUUAGGUCCCCAACUGUGUUAGGUUCCCAACUGUGUUAGAUCACCUCCUGUGUUCAGGUCACCACCUGUGUUCAGGUCACCACCUGUGUUCAGGUCACCACCUGUGUUAGGUCCCCAACUGUGUUAGAUCACCACCUGUGUUCAGGUCAUCACCUGUGUUAGGUCCCCAACCGUCUUAGAUCAGCACCUGUGUUCAGGUCACCACCCGUGUUCACACCACCUGUGUUAGGUCCCCACCUGUGUUAGAUCACCACCUGUGUUCAGAUCACCACCCGUGUUGACACCACCUGUGUUUUGGUCACCACCCGUGUUCAGGUCACCACCUGUGUUCUGGUCACCACCUGUAUGUUACACACCUUGCCUCGACUGCAGCCUCGGCUAAUUGUUUGCCGGAUGAACCAGUGUUUAUUUAUGUCAACUAAACAGCACAGGUCAGGAGCGUCCGUGGGGUGCCCGGGGUCAGGAGCGUCCGUGGGUUGCCCGGGGUCAGGAGCGUCCAUGGGUUGCCCGGGGUCAGGAGCGUCCGUGGGUUGCCCGGGGUCAGGAGCGUCUGUGGGUGCCCGGGGUCAGGCGCACUUGGCAACAAUGGUUUAUUCGCGUCAACUCAACAACACAAGUCAGCAGCGUCCGUGAGUUGCCCCCAGGGUGUGGUGCACUGACAACCAUUGUUUAUUCAUAUCAACAAGAAACAAAACAAUCAAUCAAAGCGUGAAACAUUCAAUCCAACAUAUAUAUUCCCAACAAGAUAUCUUGACACUUGAAAAACCACAUGUCCUGUAAAAAAAUUUCACACGAUUUGAAUGCAGUCUCUACUUUAUCAUCCUCUUCUAAUCCAAAAGCUCGGAGCCAUUUCUUUUAAAUUUUGAGAACCCAUCAAAAGGUAAUUUCGCUAUAUACUAGCUGUCUAGUAUGUUGCAAGUUGUUAAGUCUUCAUUGCUAUUCAUUAUGCACUUUUCAACGUUAAAUACAUCUCAUUGAGAGUUAACACAUUUCUUGAAACUCAGUUUUUCAUGUUCCAAUAACAUAUGGCAUAUGGGAUUAGAUUUACGAAGCGGCUUUUUGCCCCAUUUUGGCGUCUCGCGGAACUUUAUCUUAUUUAUAGAAAUUUGCACCACUUUCGAUACUUUGCGCCACUUUGGCCACUUUGCGCCACAUUCGCCACGGUUGUCAGAUGAAUACACGUUUAUGUCAUUUGAAAACUAGCCUGCAUGUGCGUUGUCGCCUCUCUGUUCCAAACUUUUCUUCAGCUAUACAGAAGCCCUAAUGGAAUAAUCAACCAUGAGUCAUGAUUAUAUAUCAUACUUUAUGAUUAAAUAUUGUAAUUACUGCUUCAUAUUUGCGAUAGUUAACCUGUUUAUUUAAAGGUUUGAAGACCGGUGAUUUUUCAAGAUAAUCGGAAUUCUCACACACAAAGAAAAAAAAAAGCAAUCAAUAUUGCUGACAUUAUCUGGACUCGCCUCUAGGAAUGCAUUUGUCUUUACAUUCCGCCCAAUAACACUUAUCACUUGACCCGGUCUGCACCGCGAUGUCAUAGAGCACCUGACCCCCCAUCUAGCACUGCAUCUACCAAUGGAAGAAUGUGACACCAUUUGGUAACACGACUUGGUACCGACCUGUCCACACCCUGGGACGGAAGAAUGUGACGCCAAUAAUGUUACGAAUGUGUACCCCACUGUUCAAAUGAGGCACAAUGUUGGCCCUACCCGGGUGACACUAACCCAAGCUGUAACGCCACUAACCAUGCGGUAUGUUGUUUAAUAGUAGCACGACGCUCCUGCUUUGACCUCGCCCCAUUGUAAACAGUGUCUGGUCGCAUACCAAAACACCACGUCAUAGCGCGCGCCUAGAACGUGAGCACAUCAAUAGUGUUGUUUUUCUCAAGAGUAAAUUGUGAAAGUUUAAAGCGCUCUCCAGUGCUAUUAUCACCCUUCACUCCUCUGUGUUCACAGUGUCAUCACGUGGGUCCGUGGAGUUCUAGUUUCGACCGCCUCUGUGUUGGAUGUACGAUCCUGUCAAUUAUUAUGGUAAAGUAAGGCUGCCGUGUUUUACGUGAAAUCUUUUUCUUCUUUGGCUAACGGAUUUAUUUUACAUUGAAAAAUAAAGAGAUUAAUGCGUUUCAGAUAAUCUCGUGUAUGGAUUAAAAGCUUGGAUUAACCGCGUGGAUUAGCAGCGUUUUGUUCGGGAUGAACAUUAGUCAAUAAUGUCGUGUUCGUAUACUAAAUAGCUUAUCUUUAAAAAAAAAACACACACACACAAAAAUAUAUGAAUACGGGAACUGAACUGUGUGUCUCUAGUGCUGGUAUUAUCUAUUCAGUGUCUCUAAUGCAGCUUUUAGGUUUUCGUUGUGUCGUUAGUGCAGGUAUCGAUUGUACAACGUGUUUUAGCUACAUAUAUCAAUUAUCCAUCGCUUCUCUUUCUGCAUCUAUCGAUUAUUCGUCAUGCCUCUAGUCAACUCUAGUGCAAGUAUCUAUUAUCAGCAGUGUCUCUAGUGCCAGUAUCGACAAUUCCUCUUGUCUUUUGUGCAGAUAUCCACUUUUUUAUUUCUCAUUUCUAAUAAACCAGGUAUGGCGCAGAUGGCUUUUUCUUAUGCAAGAGAGUUUUUACCUUAAAAUUGUGAACACAUUUGUUGGGGUCCAGGAUUGUGUUCGCGGUAUUCAACUUAAAACAGUGUCCAUGUUUUACUCACUGUCCGAGUUCAGUCAACCUUCUUACCAGCGUACCCCGUGUUAUAGUACAGCCCAUGCCUUUGCCCAAUUCCACAUCAACUCAGAGCUAUUUUUAGCCACCGCAACGUAUCUCCUCCGUGCUUUGCUUUUCUUUCACGUCAACGAGGAAAUGUGCUGCAGUGUCACUGCUUACCCACCCCUACCUUGAUUGGGAAAAGAUUGUUUACGCGUGAAUGCGUUCUAUUUGUUUUGAAGAAUUAUAUUAGGUGACGAAAUUUUUAGAAUGUAUUUACUAGAUCGUUCUGAUUUAAUAUCUAAAUAUAGCAUGACAGCUUUCCUAGCCGAGAGAGAUUUUUGCUAUAUUUCCUAACAUAUACGAGAAGUUAUAUAAUUGCAAUAGUUUACUCCUUACAUGUGUGUGUGUGUGUGUGUGUGUAAAAUUUCACUUGUAUUUCUCAAGGAGUGUAACUUUUCACUUGCUAUGUUGUAAGUUGAUGCAGUUGUGUUUCUCUGUAUUUCGAUUUGAAUUUUUUAUAAAAAAAUUAUUACUAUAAUUAAAUUGGACAUUGUUAGUAUCGCAAGCUUCGGUCUCGCUUUCCUUGCACACAGUCUUUCCUCGGUCUUUUGUUCGCUCUGCGAGCCAAAUCUUAACACAGGUUACAUUGCCAUAGCCGUCACGGUACGUAACACCUCCCCGUCCUCAGCAUGUUAAUCCUCAGCAUGUUAAUUCUCAGCAUGUUAAUUCUCAGCACGUUAAGCCUCAGCAUGUUAAUUCUCAGCAUGUUAAUUCUCAGCAUGUUAAUUCUCAGCAUGUUAAUUCUCAGCAUGUUAAUUCUCAGCAUGUUGAUUCUCAGCAUGUUAAUCCUCAGCAUGUUGAUUCUCAGCAUGUUAAAUCUCAGCAUGUUAAUUCUCAGCAUGUUAAUCCUCAGCACGCCCCGCCGUUGAGUUCUGCUAUUUUCUCUGCCCCUUGUUGUUGCGAUUCACAAGUCCGUUGUCUCUGAAACGUAAUUAUGAAACUUUGUCGGAUUUAUCAACCUGAAGCAGUGCCGCGCCGCAGUCCGACCCGUCGCUAUGUUCUUGGAAAUAAAGAUCACUCACAGCAAAAAAACAUUGAUCGAGUGUCUCAAGACUUCUGGUUCAUAUUUGGUUUACCACAAGUGAAAACAAAACACGUGGAAGUCAGACGUCGUUAUCAUACAUCAAUAUCGUGCGUCAUUAUCAUAAAUCACUAUCUUUUAUAUACAUAAUCUUUAUCUUACAUCUUUAUCAUACAUAUUUAUCAUGCAUCUUUAUCACGCAUCCCUUUCCCAUAAGCUAAAAAUCGAUGUGUUCUAAAUUUCUAUUUACAGAACGCAUCCGUCCCUUAUUUUGUAUUUGCUCCAAUAUAACUCCGCAACAUUGUGUCUGAUUUGCUGGAGUAUUCAAUACAGAUUCCAGUUUGCACUGUUCUUAAACUUAGACGGAGCGAGCAUUCCUUUCAAAUCAACAUACGCGUCCCAUGGGUGUCAUCUGAGGUCAUGGCGCCAUACUUUCUGUUGAUGUCAUUAUGAUUAUGUCCUUGUCCCAAAAAACUUUUCCCUAAUGUUGUGCCCAAUGACUGACUACAUAAGAGUAACCAUUGCCAUGGUCGUAAUUUUUCCCCCGUUGAAAUCCACCACCCCCGCCCCUAACAUUGUUAGUUUGACCCACAUUGUUAGUUUGCCCAGGUCGCCCUAAAGUUAGUGAGGAGAUAACUCUAUUUGUCUGACUGAUUUUUUUUGUUUCAGCGGGGAUUCUCGUUGGUUCUCUCCGCACUUUAAAAAAAAAAUCGAUCGUCCUUGACCUACACGUCAUCAGAAAUCGGACUAAUUGGGACUCUAAGGGCCACCCGGUUUAUGGCUCAAAUGUUUUCAAAGUUUAUGGUUCAAUAAUUUUUUCCACAAAGAGGUAAAGAAAGCGCACAUUGUCUCCCUUUCUACACUUCCCGAAAAUGAAAAAAUUUUUAAAAAAUUUUAAAAAUUUUUAAAAAGAAUAUUUGUUUUGCUUUGUUUGUUUGUUACUCUUUUCUUGACUAAUGUAUUUCUGACGUACAGUUGCUGUUGUCUGAUCUUUUCUAAAGCAUUCCAGAAAGAAAAAAAAAGGUACUAAAAUUUUAAAGAUAAUUUGUAAAAAAAAAAAAAAGCACGUCUUUUUGACGCAGGCCAUCUCAAGUUGAGGCGCAGCCUAACAAGAAAAAAUGGUCGAGUAACUUUGGAUCGUUAAAUCACCCUAACUUUGAAACGUUAAAUCACCCUAACUUUGAAACGUUAAAUCACCCUAACUUUGAAACGUUAAAUCACCCUAACUUUGAAACGUUAAAUCACCCUAACUUUGAAACGUUAAAUCACCCUAACGUUGAAACGUUAAAUCACCCUAACUUUGAAACGUUAAAUCACCCAAACUUUGAAACGUUAAAUCACCCUAACUUUGAAACGUUAAAUCACCCUAACUUUGAAACGUUAAAUCACCCUAACUUUGGAUCGUUAAAUCACCCUAACUUUGGAUCGUUAAAUCACCCUAACUUUGGAUCGUUAAAUCACCCUAACUUUGGAUCGUUAAAUCACCCUAACUUUGGAUCGUUAAAUCACCCUAACUUUGAAUCGUAAAAUCACCCUAACUUUGAAACGUUAAAUCACCCUAACUUUGAAUCGUAAAAUCACCCUAACUUUGAAACGUUAAAUCACCCUAACUUUGAAUCGUAAAAUCACUCAAACUUUGAAACGAUAAAUCAUCCUAGUUUUGAAUUAAUGCCAACAAGUAUCACUCGUUUAAACUCCUGUUAUUUAUCGUCAUAAAAAGAGAGUAACAGAAACUAAGUAUUUGGAUGUUAUUAUUUGGAAUAAAUUGUUUGACGUCAUAGCCCUAAUCCCCAAUCUAAAGGUCCUCGCAUUAAAACUUCCACCCCUGUCUACCCAAAAUGUUUGUUUUUUAAUGGAUUACUAUAUAAUAUAGAAUUAAUAUAAAACAAAAAUGAAGGUCGCCCCAAAUUUAUGCAUGGCAGUGUGAACCAAUGUUCCAGAAUAGCUACUGUUGAGAUAAUCUCGAAGUACCCUGGCACCCACUUUUGAGAACCACUUAACUGAAAUCACGUUUGCCAAGAUGUGGCAGUGCGUCCUGUGUUGUUUUUACACUAAACGAUUUAAUAAACACAAGCUGUUGGUACGUUCGCAUUCGCAAUGCACCGCGCCGCGGUAAUGUUUGCCGCUGGCAUAGACCGUACUAAUUGACACCCAGUGACAUGCACGUUGGCUGUGGUGUUCUAAUGUAACAGUGGACCAGACGCGACACUAUGUCCGGCCGCAGUCAACUUUACUCUGUCAUAUUCUGUACUUGGAUUACAUCAGUUCCCGCGAGUGCUCGGGUGCCUGUUUUCUAACAGUGUUAGUAGCACUUAUCAUUAAUUUUAUUGUGCCGAUAUCUAUUCAUCGUUUAUAAUGAGAUGUGUGCAUAUUAACUUUACUAAAUUUAAGCGCUGUCAUUCUAUAAGUUAAAUGGGAAGGAAAAAAAAUAAACAUGUCCACCCUCACCAACUUGGGAAAGGUGACGGUCUCCAAACUCAAGGCAGACCCAAUUUGAGGCAAGCCGGUGCCUAGAGUGUUAUCUGAGGACCAUCUUUGAAUAUAGCGUGUAGCACGCGUGUAAUCGUUCUCUUACACUUACAUGUUAUUCUCGCUUUGUUAAACCCUUUAUUGCGUAAAUAGGUAAAUAAUACAAGGGGAAAAUUUAAUUCUAACUCUAAAAAAAAAAACGUGCACAAAUAAAACAAUAGAGGUUAAUCUUUAAUCAUGAUUAUAGAGAAUAUAAUUGCAAACGUUUCGGCAAAUGCCUUCAUCAGUAAUAAAUAAAAAAAAUAAAAAAAAUUAAAAAAAUUAUAAAAAAAACAUCAUUCAUAUUGAAACAUACAUUAAAUUUAAUAUAUAUAUAAAGAGAGAGAGAGAGCGAGAGAGAGAGAGAGAGGAAAGAGAGAGAUAGAGAUACAAUAAAUAAAUAUAUAUUGAUAUGUAAAUCUAUAUAUUGACAUUUUUAUGUAUUUAUAUAUCCUAGUUAAGAAUGAGAGAAAAAAUAUAAGGUUGGACACCACUGAAUCUAUUCUAAAAUCAAUGGGUUGGGUUUUUGUUUUUUUUAUUUGCAUCUUUGAAGGCAUUUGCUGAAAGGUUGACAUUGUAUUCUGUGUCACCAUUAUUAAAAACUUAACCCUUGCACUGUUUCUAUUUCCACCCAUUGUUUGUGUUGCUCAUAAUUGACUUAAAAAGCUGUCUCGCAGUCCGACACUCGUUUUAUGACGAGAUGGACAGGAUGAGUGAUAGAAGCAUUGAUGUGCAUAGUAUGUAAAGCUUUGCACCUGCUCUGUGUGUUUCAUAAGGUCACAUACACAAGAACAACCAGCCACAACAACAUCUUAGAGAUGUAGUUAGUUACCCGCCCCCGCAGAUGUUCACAUCUUUAUGUGAUGUAGAUGGCCGUUAAUAUAACAGCUGUGCGUGGGAUGUUUCUGUGUGUGUUGUUGUUUUUUUUGUUGUUGUUUUUGCCAUUAUAGUGAAGUUUAAAAUACAAUGAGUAGGCACGCGAGAAACAGAGAAACAAUGACGUCGCCGCGUUAUUGAACAUUCUAUGUAACUGAACAUCACCGACCACUCCAACUUUUAAAUAUGGUGAUCUCCGGAAGUAAAGUGGAAUUAAGGUUCCUGAUGAAGAUCAGAAGGUCAAGGUUUUCUUUCGAUUGGCGGUAAGUAAAACGAUAUAGAAUUUUGAAAAUAUUUUUUUUAAAAACACAUUAAUUUUUGGACAUGGAUUUGUUUGUAAUUAAAUUAAUCAUAUACCAUACGGUGUCCAGUGAAUUUACAGACCAAAAGACUUUUUUUUUUUUUAUGCAAUGUCAAGAUGGACGUUUUAGUGCGAGUGGAUUAAAUCGAACGUACAGCCGUACAGCCGUACAGCCUUGGCCAUGAACGCAGUGGUAUGAGCGUUUCUGGGAAUUAAAUCGAUUCAUAGCAUAGCUGCAAGUUUGAAGCAUUAAGUCAGAAUCUUGUGUUUUGUUUUGGCCAGAAAUCAUUCGAAUAACGCAUUAAUAAUAUUUUUUCAGGAGAAAAAAGUGGAAUAAUUAUGUUUUUGGUUCGACUUCUUUCAAGGUGUCCUUAGUCCUUACCCUCGUGUUUCCGGUUUCCCCAUUGCUCAACCCUGAUCGCAGCCUUUAAUAUAUGAUACGCAUUAAAGUUUAUAUAUUUUUGGUCUAGUUUCCAGUCUGAUAGUUUAAAAACAAAACACCCCCAUGUCCUCCCAUCCACACACACGUAAACAUCAUGGUAUCUCUCCUUUAAUGAGUUCAGAGGGGUAUCUAAGGGGGGGGGGGGGCAAGGGAACCCCCUGGGCGCCAGCCUAGUUGGGGGGGCCAAAAAAGGCUUUGAUAUUAUUUUUUUAUGAAUUUUUGGUCUAGUUUCCAGCCUGAAAGUUUAAAAACAAAACACCCCCAGGUCCUCCCAUCCACACACCCGUAAACAUCAUGGUAUCUCUCCUUUAAUGAGUUCAGAGGGGUAUCUAAGGGGGGGGGGGGCAAGGGAAUCCCCUGGGCGCCAGACUAGUUAGGGGCGCCAAAAUAUGCUUUGAUAUUAUUUUUUUAUGAAAAUAAUGGGUUUGAGAGUUGAGAGAAAGAAAAGGGAGGCGCUUUGGAGUGAAUCUUUUCCUCGGAUGCCAAACACUUUAGCUACGCCUCUGAAUGAGUUGUAAGAUUGAUUUCUUGGAAGACAUCGAUCUCCCUUCAGCCCUAACAACCCGGCUGCUACUUUUAUCCGCAAUGUUCCAUUUACAAACAUGUUGUUGCUGCUUUCUUUUUUUUUUUGGGGUGGUGGUCUUUAUUAUUGAGACCAAAGCAGUGGCUUAGUUAGGGAUUUGGGGGCCCGGUGGGCUUGGCCUUAUUAGGGGCCCCUGCAUUUUGACAUUCGACAUUAUUUAAUGUAAAAAAAAAUCGGACACUCCUUUGGGGGCCCCCCUCAAGUAGGGGCCCGGGGGACUUUCGAAUUUGGACGCCCUCCCCCUCCCCUAGCUACGCCACUGGACCAAAGGUAUUCAAUGCAAAUAUUUUGACAUCUAUUUUUAUAAUCUCCUAUAACAUUAAAUCCCCGGAACACGUUCUCGAUUGGUGACCGAUCGUUCUUUUUCUGUGCCCCCCAAAACAAUGAAAUUCCCUCCCAUUACACAUCCGCAAUGUACCGACCAUCACAACCUUCAAAACUGCUCUCAAGACCCAUCUCUUCAAACUGUACUAUAUCGACUCAUUCUCACCUCCCUCUGACUGACCAACAACGCGUGAUGCUGCUGGUUGCUGUCCAUGGCUAGACAGGGGUAGAUAGUACUUGGGAGGGUGAGGUCAAGCUUUUCCCCAAUUGUUGUUUUGAAAGGUAUACUUUUUCUGUAAGUGCUGAUUUUUAUUUGAAGCGCAGUGAGCCUAGCCCUAGGCUGGGGUACAGUAGUGAGCCUAGCCCUAGGCUGGGGUACAGCAGUGAGCCUAGCCCUAGGCUGGGGUACAGCAGUGAGCCUAGCCCCAGGCUGGGGUACAGCGCUAUAUCAAACCACCUCAAUAAUAAUAGCAAUAAUAAUAAUAAUGUGAUGCCUUUUUUUUUCUUCUGGAAAAGUUGGAGUUCAAUAUCUUUAUGCACUGAAUAUUAUCGUUAUUAACCAUCGUAAACUAUAUCGUGCUAAUAUGAACUUGCACCUUGUCAAAACAAAUUUAAUAAAAGUUGGGUAGAAUUAUAUUAGUUGUAGCAAGGACUAGUACUACCCGGGGGGGGGGCGGAGGAGGAUUAAUAUUUUUGUCGCCCCCUGCCGUGAAAAAAACAACAUGUGUAGUUGGCCAAAAUUCCCCCCCCCCCCCCAAAAAAAAAAAAACAAAAAAAAACCAACACUAGUUUUUCUCUUGAAGUGGGGGGGGGAGUGCCAUUAUAUUAUUCCACUGUAUUCUACUUCAAUUUUAAAGCCACCUUGUUUACUGUCGUAUAUAAUAUCCAAUAACUACCCCCCACCCCCCUUUUUUUUAUUUUAAAUCCCGGUUAUCUCCCCUCUCAGCCACUUUCUGUUGUUAUGAAAGAUUUUUUAAUUAACCCCGCGCAAAAUAAUAUCACGUGAUCUUUCCAUUAGAAACAUUCUUUGCAGACGGGUUUGUUUAUAUCUAUUAGACGCCGUGGGUCACUUUGACCUUUGAAAUAGAAAUAAGGAGACCCGAACGGUGAUCCAUAUCUGUGGAGUGGCUAUACGCCUGCAUUGUAACAAACCCAUGUGUGUGAUAAACCGAUGUAUGUGUGGGAUGCAACCCUUGCAUGUGUGAGAUACAACCCUCUUACGUGUGGGAUACAACCAAUGUAUGUGUGGGAAACAAUCUAUGUAUGUCAAGGUUAACAUCCCAAUCUAAAACAAUAAUUACAAAUAUUUUUUAAAAAAAUAUCCACCAUUAUUUUGGUAAAUAUUUUGAUGUUCAUUUCAAUUUUUCUUUCUUUCUUUUUUUUUUUUUUUGGAAAUAUGAAGCUGAAAGACACUUUACUCACCAUACGAUUAUGUGAACUGUAACUGUGUCCUUUGGAAUACAUUCACGUGUGUCCUAUUGUAUACCAGUAGCUGUGUCCUUAAGUAAGCUGUUUCACAGAGUAGCAUUGUGUUUGUUAUUGCAGGCACAGCUUGGCCAGCGUAGAGCUUGGAAGCUGGGCUGCUAGAGGACACAGGCGGGGUUCUGCCCUGCCGCCAUUUUGUUCUUCUCUGUCACCCACGGAGGCGUCUUCACGCACAGAAAUAUUACAGACGUGAGUACCAACCUUUGACCUACCUAGUACAACCUUUGACCUUUCUCAUAUCAACCUAGUGCUAUGUAAUAACAACUAAGUACCAAAAUAAUAUAUAUAUAUAUAUAUUAAAUUGUAAUCAAGGAAUUCGAGCAGCCUUCAUUUUUUUGCCGACCCCGCUCCAGCUUCACUUUCGAGCUCCGGUUAAGGGGUGGUAAGGGGUGGUUAUUGGGUGGUUAAGGUUUUCUGUCUCGGGUUGAUCCUGUAGUAUAGGCCAAAAUGUGCCAAAGUGUCCUCGUUUUAUAGCCAUUUUAAUUGUUUCUAUAGUAUAGUAGUUACUAUCCUAGUGUCUCAUUUUUAUUUUAAUUAGUUUACAUGUUUUUAAUAAUUGUAAAGCGCUUAGAGCUUUAAGGUAAGCGCUAUAUAAAAAUGCCUAAAUAAAUAAAUAAGGUGUGAUUAAGGGGUGGUUAAUGUGUGGUUAAUAUGUGAUUAACGGGUGCUUAACUUUUUGAAGAAAUGUGUUUGUUAUUGUCAAUUACCCAACUUAACUAGGCAUUAGAAAUACAUGAGCCGGAAACAUAGCUGGUAGAAGAGUCGGGCAGCGUAGCUGGUAGAAGAGUGGGGCAACACAGCUGGUAGAAGAGCGGGGAAACAUAGCUGUUAGAGAUAUGAUGCAUCAAUUAAAAAAAUAAUUUUAAAAAACAUUUAAAAGAUAAAAAUUUUGUUAAACUUUAAAAAAAAAGUUGUAAACAAUUAAUUUAUUAAAAUGUUUGAGCUCGGGACAAUAAUAAAUGUUACUAGCUCCAGCUCAAGCUCCAGACCAAAAAAAAAAAAAUAGACCCUUCUCUGAGCUCCAGUUCCGAGCCCUGCUCCAGAUCCCUGCUCCAGAUCCCUGAUAGUGAUAGCUGUCUACUCUCACGUAAAGAGCCUGGUGUGUUCAACUUCAAUGAAUGUCUGUAACCUCUAAUCUCGUAGAGCAAAUUGAUUGGUUCAGGGCCGGUCACACUCAGUCCAACGUGAUAACAUGAAGGUUGACAGCAGGGGCGUUGUCAAGUUACAUGUUGGAAGCAGUAACCCAUGUGUAGGGGGGUGGGGGUGGGCGGCGGCACGUCUGUCACCUGACCCAGGGGAUUGUUUUAUAAAUAUUGGAUAAAAGCAUUGUUAUGUCUAGCAACUGUUUCUGUUUGUUUUUCCUUUCUUCUUUUGAAACAUUGACACCGUAACUGCUCUCUAUAUUUUACUUUAUGUAAGUUGAUGUUGAUGAUUAUAUAAGGAAAAUACAUGAUAAUAAACGAAGGACUGCGUUCAUGCUGGGUGAAGGAAAUAGUGAGACGGUGUUAUGGGUGUCAGCUUGAAUCAUAAGACAGGAGACAAGAUAAGAACGUUUCGGCCGAGAGCCUUCCUCGGCAGACGGGGGCCAAUGAAAAUACGACAAGAAAUAGGAACGAGGUCAAAACUAGAAAUAAAAUUGUAUAAACAUUCGAUAGCCCCAUGUUUUAAGACAUUAUGAUACGGUAUAUAUGAGGAAGCAUAGUUUUAGUAAUAGUAUUGUUAUUAAACAGAAUUUGAGGAGCAAAACUUUUGUAACUAUUUUUUUAAAAAUAUUUUUAAAUUGGGAUAUAUUUCAAACAUUAGCAGAUAGUUUAAAAUUGUAAAAUUUAUUUUGAAAAUAUUGUAGGGCAAGAGAUAGAAUUGACAUACUUCAAGAAAUAGGUACCGCUUUCAAAAUUUACCCCUGGUCUCCUAAUACUGUAUGCGCCCCUGUACUAAUGUCCAUCCAUACCUUAUCAACCUUUCAAAUAUCCAUGCAUCGGAGCAGGUUUUCAUAACUAGAGUUAUUUGAAGCCCAAGUACCCAAUGUUAUCUGAAUACAACACAGAUAUCUUAAUGUAGCCGAUGAUAUCACGCCGCGAUCGAUGUGUGAUUAGGCCGAAUUCAUUAGAUGUGUCUCUACGAUAUCCGGUCCGUUAAGGACAAUGAGAGUGUUUACUUUCGAUGAUGAUGGAGAGGACAUCACUGAACCUUACGCAAGAGAUCACGCGCCUCAGCACCUUUGAUCGACGCAUGCUCAAGACGGAUAUAUGGAAAACGUAGGUCCAAAAAACCAAGAGAUUGAAUCAUAUAGCGCAUAGCAAAGUUGACCGUGUGUUCAUGAUUUGUUCUUGUUUGUGGUCUUGUGGAUGCGUGUUUUUUGUGUAGCUGUUGCUAUGUGCUUGGUAUUCGUGAUGUAUUUGGGUAUGGGAGAUGACGUUGUUGGGUGUUAAAGUUUAGUAGUUGUCGUCACGGAGUUGCAGAGAGGAAACGGAUCAAAUAAGACACACUGGUUUUUCAACUUAAAACUAAACAUAUGUCAUAUAGCCUAGAUCAGGCCUGCACAACUCAAAAUGUAAGGCGGGCCGUAAUACCUUAUGAAAAGCUUGCGCCGACCAUAAUACUUUAUGAAAAGCUUGCGUGAGCCAUAAUACUUUAUGAAAAGCUUGCGUGAGCCAUAAUACUUUAUGAAAAGCUUGCGCCGACCAUAAUACUUUAUGAAAAGCUUGCGCCGACCAUAAUACUUUAUGAAAAGCUUGCGCCGACCAUAAUACUUUAUGAAAAGCUUGCGCCGACCAUAAUACUUUAUGAAAAGCUUGCGCCGACCAUAAUACUUUAUGAAAAGCUUGCGCCGACCAUAAUACUUUAUGAAAAGCUUGCGCCGACCAUAAUACUUUAUGAAAAGCUUGCGCCGACCAUAAUACUUUAUGAAAAGCUUGCGUGGGCCAUAAUACUUUAUGAAAAGCUUGCGUGGGCCAUAAUACUUUAUGAAAAGCUUGCGCGGGCCAUAAUACUUUAUGAAAAGCUUGCGUGGACCAUAAUACUUUAUGAAAAGCUUGCGCGGGCCGAAAAAUGAUACGACAGAGGGGAAGCUAUUAAGAAAAUAAUAAGAAUAAAGAAUAAUAGCAGUUCCUAACACCGUCUCUGGUGAAACACAAUUGGGUUUGUCAUUUCUUAGACCGGAAAACGCCACAUCGUACUACGUAAUGUUACUAUUUUUAGACAAUGUUUUCAUAAAACAGCUUCUAAAAAUGUUUUCCGCAUAUACAAGUAACAAUUUGUUUGUAAAAUCUUUCAUAAAAUAAAGUUGUAAUCACAUUUUCGUCGAGAUUAAGACUCACUACGCUGGCUCGCAUUAAUGUUAUAGAAGUAACGAACAACUGUUAAGGGAUUUGACCAAACGGAAUACCAGGAUGUUGUAUUUAAUAUCUUAAUGAGAUUUCCCAGGCUGCAAGCCCGUAUGUUCUAUUAAUAGAUUUCUGCCAUUAAAUGACAAACCAUAGUCAAGUGAUAUUUAUUGUAUACAGAUUUAUUUUCUAUAUCGAGCUGAGAGUAAAGUUUCUCAGCAGUUGCUAUCUCAUACAUGAAUCUCAUACUAUAGCAAUGGUUACUUUGCCAUCAUUUAAACUACUCGUGUUAACGGCCCGAUUGUAAUAACGUGUAACGGACCAUGGCAUGAGGCUUGGAUGAUCGCCUGCUAAAGACAGCGUUUAACAGACCACAUCAUGAGGCUUGGCUGACACCUGUUAGGACAGCGUGUAACAGACCACAUCAUGAGGCUUGGCUGACCGCCUGUUAGGACCACGUGUAACACAUCACAUCGUGAGGCUAGGCUGAUCACCUGUAAGGACAGCAUUUAACAGACCACAUCAUGAGGCUUGGCUGACCACCCGCUAAGGACAUCGUGUAACAGACCACAUCAUGAGGCUUGGCUCGCCGCCUCUUAGGACAUCGUGUAACAGACCACAGCAUGAGACUUGGCUGACCGCCUGUUAGGGGCAGCCCUUGUUUCAAUCACGCAGGUUGUUGCAACAAACAAGGAGUCACACAAAGAUCGAUAUCAGCUCCAUUUGUUCCUGGAAUUAAUGCCAUGAUUUCCGGAGAACCCGCCAAAAUGUUCCCGUCAGACCCUGCACUUCCGUUAUGUUUUUUUUCUUCAUAUUUUCCUGUGAUUCGGUUACGAACGCCAUCGACCGACUGAAAUAUCAGUGUCAGAUCCAGAAGUCAUUGAAUGUGGUAAAAAAAAAAGGAGGGGGGAGGGGGGGGGGGGCAACUUGGCGCCCAGCAUCGUCUGUCAGUGACCAUUUGAAGAAACAGACGACAUAACAAUAACUGAUUCAGUAUCUGAACUACAAGCACAGGUACCCAACUCAAUGUUUCCAGUGUGUUCAAUUUUAUGAACGCCAUACGUCACUGAUUCGAAUUGUAAUAAAAAUAUGUCGCAACUGUAACAAGUAACAUUAAAAUGUUCUGGUAAUGGUGCACCAAUGUUAGAAGACAGGGCUGUCCGCGAAAUGUCGUUUUACACCUUCAUGCUUUAAAUGGAUUGCACGUGAAGUAACUAAUGGGGAAAGAGUCGGCAUUUCUGUAACUAACUGACGGUUAAGUCCUCCAUGCCACGCUUUUAGGGUUCAUGUAGAUGAGGGUUUAGAAACCUUCUUUUUUUUUCAAAUAUGUAACACCCCUCCAAGCUGGAUAUGACUGGAUCAUGAAACACCUAAAAAAGUUACUAUUUAUUUUAAAAUAGUAACAAAACAAUGGACUAAUACUACUACUAUUAUUUUUUACUGAAUCAGAAAGAAAACUGUAGAGAAUAUAAAAUUACUUUGGGACUUGUUUAUAGAAUACUUUUAAAAAUCAAACUACUUCUCUGUUCUUAUAACCACACUGUCUCGCACACCCUGAAAUCCCACCAAGUAUCCCCUGGGGGAGGCGACCAUCCCAGGUUGAGAAACCCUGAUGUAGAUUAUUAAACAAAUUCCCCUACCGCAUCCUAACGAAGCUAUUCCAAUACACACCAAAUAUAUUCCAAUAUCAUUCCGUUUAUUUAAAGGAUGCUUAUCAGGGGGAAAAAAUGUAUUUGGCAAUCUUGCUUUUAAAGACAAACGGAAAUGGGAUUUCUGUAAUCACAAUCAAAGAAGGGCAAACACUUGGCUAUUUCUCUUUGCAAUUAAAGAGUUAAUGUAAAACUUGAAUAGUUGAUGAAUGAAAUGAGAGACCGUUUAUAAUCCUCUAAGCAAAUUGCUUGUAAACAUAACAGAGGCGGAAGAUGAAAAACACGAAAAUAACCUUCUUGAUGUUAGUGAGUUAUCUCUCUUUGAUCCCCCAGAAUAUCCAGCGCCAUCAUCCACUUGUUCCAGAGGAAACCACUCAAAGACAACGAGCUGGGAGUUCUGCAGGAACACGUCAGGUUGGUGACUGGGGUAUAUAAGGCGGUGGUAGGGUAUUUAAGGUGGUAGGGUAUUUGAGAUAGUUGCGUAUUUAAGGUGGUAGGGUAUUUGAGAUGGUUGCGUAUUUAAGGUGGUAGGGUAUUUGAGAUGGUUGCGUAUUUAAGGUGGUAGGGUAUUUGAGAUGGUUGCGUAUUUAUGGUGGUAGGGUAUUUGAGAUGGUUGCGUAUUUAAGGUGGUAGGGUAUUUGAGAUGGUUGCGUAUUUAUGGUGGUAGGGUAUUUGAGAUGGUUGCGUAUUUAUGGUGGUAGGGUAUUUGAGAUGGUUGCGUAUUUAUGGUGGUAGGGUAUUUGAGAUGGUAGGGUAUUUGAGAUGGUAGGGUAUUUGAGAUGGUAGGGUAUUUGAGAUGGUAGGGUAUUUGAGAUGGUAGGGUAUUUGAGAUGGUAGGGUUGGCGAGAGAUUCGAUGGAAAAGGUCAAGAACAGCGAGCUGGGAAUCCUGCAGGAACACGUCACGUUGACGACAGUGGUGUUUAAGAUAGUAGGGUAUUUAAGGCAGAGGGUAUUUAAGGUGGUAGGGAUUUUAAGAUGGUGGGGUAUUCAAGAUGGAGGGUAUUUAAGGUGGUAGGGUAUUUAAGGUGGUAAGGUAUUUAAGGUGGUAGGGUAUUUAAGGUGGUAGGGUAUUUAAGGUUGAGGGUAUUUAAGGUGGUAGGGUAUUUAAGGUAGAGGGUAUUUAAGUUGGUAGGUAUUUAAAAUGGAGGGUAUUUAAGAUGGAGGGUAUUUAAGUUGGUAUGGUAUUUAAGAUGGUAGGGUAUUUAAGAUGGUAGGGUAUUUAAGGUGGUAGGGUAUUUAAGGUGGAGGGUGUUUAAGAUGGUAGAGUAUCAAAGGUGGUAGAGUAUCAAAGGUGGUAGAGUUUGGGAGAUGCUAGAAGUAACAACUCAAAGAGCAGUGAGUUGGGGGCUGGGAGUUCUUCAGGAACACGUCUGGGUUGAAACAGUUGAAGUUAAUGUCUUGAUGUUGGGGCGAGGUGAAUGGAUCCAGUUGACGUGAAUAUAUUUCACUUCAGCAAAUACAAUUAAGCACUCAUAGCUGUGUUUCGCAAGACGCUAAAGAGCGAAACAUUCGGUACACAGUUUAAAAGUGGGGUUUAAACGGUCGAAUUAGGUCGAUGUUUGACUAACCAACAGCAUGAUAAUCUGCAUCGCUUCCGCGGAAAUAAAUCCGUGAUAAAAGAAAUGUUUUCAGUAGGGACAUAGAAAAAAAAAUACGUUAAAAAACAAAGCAAUUCUGCUUUAAAAAUAAUUCCCAACUUUUCCUCUUAAAUAACAUUGAUAGUGUGUCUGUCUUUUGAAAUGAUUGUUUCUUUACACUUGGUUGCUUCUUUUUUUUUUUGCUUUGAUAAUCAAGUGCGCAAAGGUCAUUUAGCAAAUCAAUUUAUUUGUACUUUGUCAUUCCUAACCGUCACUUACUAUGACAUUUUAAAUCAUAUGUGAAUUAACUACUUUGCUGACAGAUCUCUCCUUCUUUUGACUUCAGGUUUCUCAUCAACUCUGAGGCUGGCGGUCUCGUUCAUGAGUACUACAAGGUGAACAAUUUAUUGGGAAUACAAUUUUCAUUUGGCUACAUUUAGGAUUAUAUUUUUAAGCUUUAAUAAUUGAUUACCAGAUUAACAUAUUUAUAAAUUACUAUACAUGUACGUGAUGGUAACACCAAGCCAUUCUCACAUGUACGAGAUGGUAACCUCAAGCCAUUCUUACAUGUACGAGAUGGUAACACCAAGCCAUUCCUACACGUACGAGAUGAUAACACCAGGCCAGUCUCUCAUGUACGAGAUGGUAAAACCAAGCCAUUCUUACAUGUACGAGAAGGUAACACCAAGCCAUUCUUACAUGUACGAGAUGGUAACACCAAGCCAUUCUUACAUGUACGAGAUGGUAAGACCAAGCCAUUCUUAUAUGUACGCGAUGGUAAGACCAAGCCAUUCUUACAUGUACGAGAUGGUAAGACCAAGCCAUUCCUACAUGUGUCAAAUGGUAACAUCCUGACGUUCUUGUUUCAAACAGGAUCAGUUGUUGAGGAAGGGCAUGAUCAUCCUCAGGGAGAAAAUAAAGAAUGAACAAGGUGAGUUGUCUUUUCUUGUCUUGUCUUUUGUGCGUGCGUGAGUGUGUGUGUGUGCGCGCGCGCGCGCUCUAGCGUGCGUAUGUGUGUGUGUGUGCAUGUGUAAUCUAUGUGCGUGCAUGUGAGUGUCUGUGUGUGUGUGUGGGGGGGGGAAUGUUUUCGUUGGUCUGUCGCUGAUAAACUGUCAGUAGACCCAGGAGUAGAAUAGGGUCCGUGCGGGCAAUCACCCAGACACAAUCCAGGCUUAAUGCUAUGACAUGCUUGAAUUUUAAAACCAACAAAUUAUAUAUAAUAUAUAUAUUUUUAAAUGAAUAAAAUAGAAAACUCUGAGAAAUAUGUUUAAAAAGGUCAAAUUAGUGUCAGGGUAUAAAAAUAAUUUUAAAAUUGUUGGCCUACUUAUUGGUUUAUUUCAAAAUAAACUUUAUAUCUUAAAUUGUUUUUAAUUUGAAAGGUCUUGCAUUAAAUUUGUUUUUAAAAUUCCUUCUCUAAUGACCUUUUCAAAAAUAAAAUAUAUUUUUUUUUUGCAUCAGGCCUCUUUAGCCGACAACCCCCCCCCCCCCAUUCCCCGUACCCCCAUAAAACCCCCCUCCCCUCUCAGGGCGUAUGUAAUAUAUAUGGAUGCCAGCCUCACCCCCCCCACCCGACCCCCGCAGGCAUGAUUUGCCCUGACCUGGUGUUCAAACUUGUUUACAAAAGACGCACAGUCUGGGUCGGCAAAUAAAUUUCAAGACAAGCUAACUAAAUCCGAGAGACUAGUGUGGUCUAUUCGUGGCUCCCAUCGUUCAAUACAUCCAUAUCGCCGAAGUGGGUUUUUGUUCGUGAAGGGGGUCGUCCCAUCCCGCCACCACCCCGACCCCCCAGGGUGACCCCUAACCUUAUUUAAGCUAACCACAGAAUCCAGAACACGAUUGUUACUUUUGUUUUUGAUUUUUUUUUUUCCAAUCCCCAUCUGAGGAUCCUAGAUUUUGACAUCGGUAUUUCUGUGCCAAUUAUAUUUCCUUUUGUUGCAUCUGCCGUCCAGUGUUGCGGGAGAUAAUUUGGUCUGAAUUUUUUGUUCAACAACGGAAUUAACGCCCGUUUGUCGGACGCAUUUUUUCCCAGUGGUCUGACCUUGAUGUUGUUGACCUUGUUGUUGUUGUUGUCAUCUCCCUGGCCACGCUCAGCACCCCCUCUCCCCCCCCUCCCCGAGUCGCUAUUAAACAGAUAGCUAGCUGACCGUAAAUGUCAUUCCAUUAUUAUGUUCCUGGAAAAAGUCGUCUUUAUUUAGAGACUUGAUGACGUCAUGUACUUGUAGUCAUGUCGUCAUCGUACUUUGCUAGGCAGUGUGUAUGCUUUCCUUCAUAGAGGAAGCUAGGGUGUCUAAACGUACCGGAAGGCUGUAAAUAGCACCCGCCCUUUAUUUAACAGGGGUACAUUUCAAGAUUGUUGGACUUAUUCUAAGCUGUCGGUUUCACAAAGGUGAAUCACAUUUUUGCUCUCUCUUUAUUUCAGGGCAUUUUCUGACAUUCAAAUUGGUAUCUAUCGAAAAAUCCAAAAAUCUAGAGAACUGUACAAAGAUCUAGAGAAAUGUACAAAGAUCUAGAGAAAUGUACAAAGAUCUAGAGAAAUGUACAAAGAUCUAGAGAAAUGUACAAAGAUCUAGAGAAAUGUACAAAGAUCUAGAGAAAUGUACAAAGAUCUAGAGAAAUGUACAAAGAUCUAGUGAAAUAUCCAAAUUUUCUCCGACACACCAAAUGUGCCCCAGACACACCAAAUGUGCCCCAGACACACCAAAUGUGCCCCAGACACACCAAAUGUGCCCCAGACACACCAAAUGUGCCCCAGACACACCAAAUGUGCCCCUUUUGAAUAUUCACCCAACUUGGCUGUUAUAAAAUCUGUACAAAAUUCCAUGUGUUCAACAACUAAGGCAUUACAAUCAGAUCAGAUUGCUGCUGGAAAAAUUCAUACGCCUUUUAAUGUGAUUUUUUUUUCCUUCUCUAAUUAAAGUAUUGAUUUGUAUGCAAUUUCAGGUCUCGAGCUCCUAAAACAAUUGGGGGAAACAUGGGACUAUUUUUUCAGAGAAAUUUUACCAGUUCUGCAAGCCAUUCUCUACCCCCUGUCCUCGUCACUGGUAAGUCGCGUGCCGUAACACGUUUGCUGUUGCUUGAGUACGAUUCAGUCUUAAUUACAUUACCAGCUUGUUGUUAACAAUACAUUUCUAUUUGCUCCGACUUUGAAAUGUUCAAGUAGAUGGUGUAACAAAUAUAGUGUUAACUUUUUGUAGACGGUGUAACAAAUAUAGUGUUACCUUUAUUAUACUUUAUUUUAUUUUUUUGAACAGCGGGCGCAGUCCGCCAAAAAUGUCGGACCUGUCCGCUAGAAGUUAGUGGACGCUUCAUGUUAGGGCUGUGAAAAAUUUGAAAACGGCAACUGCCCGGGUACCCGCCGUCGACCCCAAGUAGCCAGGUUUCCUAAAAAUUAGGAUUUGCUCAGCGCCCAAAAAAAAUUCUCGCCACGGCCCUGUUUCCUGCAUCAGCAUUUCACAAAUGAUAUUUUUAUUUUCAAAUGUCGGCCGGAUUGGACUAUUCCGGAGUGUUGUCUAAAUGUCUAACCGAACUCUGGGCAGCCGCAUUUUAAAAACUAAACAUUGUGAAGAUGUACCUAGCUCUCUUAUCGGUAUCACAUGAUAGACGUUAUUUUCAAGCUUUCCCCGGGUGCUAAUUUUUACAUUACAGUCACUACCUAAACUGACGUGUUUUCAUGUUCUCUUCAAAUUCAGAGCAAAGAAGAAACAGUUCGUUCCCUUUCAUUACUGGCUUUCAGGAACAUUGUUGUGCUCAAGGUGAGCGUCAAAGGUCAGUGCUUCAUGAGGUGUCACGUUAUUUUGUGCUUUUAACUUUAUGUUUGUAUAAUUUAAUCGACUAAUUGACUAUUUAAAAAUAGAGUCUUUGUUGUUUAUACUGUUAAUUCUUUAUUUCCACAGAGGCUUUAGACUCGGUCAGCAAGGGGGACUACCCAGUGAAUAUACCUCAGAUGUUGUUAGUCUUACAGGUAAGGGAGACGAUCAGUUUUACAUUUCGUUGCUUUGAAUCGAGUUCGUUUGGUUUGUUUUUAUAUUUGUCCAUUAUAUUUACAUAUUUUAUGUUGAGUUUAAGUUGUGGUUGUUUUUUUUUUUUUGUUGUUUUUUUUGUGGUGAUAUUAUUAAGGUUGCCAGGUGUCCACUAUUUGAGAGGACAGUCCGCUUUUUUUUUCACAUUAUGUUCACUAUUUUUUUUUCCCAAAAUAGUGAACAUUUUUUUAAUCAAAAGCUUUAUGAUGAAAUGGUAAGUAAUCUAAAGCUGUACUCUCUAAGAGAAUAAGGGUAGUAGAUUCGCUUAUUGUCUUUUUUUUUCCAUAAGUUACAAUGUUACAUAUUAUUAUAAUAUAUUUUAUGUUUUGAAUUUUAAGUAAAGUUUUGAAGUGAUUAUUUUAAUACGUGUUAAAAUGUUUGUAAGAAAAUAUAUAAUUUAAUUGUAAAUUUUUAAAAUUUAUUUUUACUAUUUAAACUUCCCCCCCCCCCAACCCCUUUCCUUUGUCCGCAAUAUUUUGGAAGCAGACCUGGCAACCGUAGUUAUUAUUGGUGACUUCUUUUUUACCAAAGCAUCUAGAUUUCUCCAAAGAUAUUCUCUGCUCGUAGCACAAUUCAAAGCACUGAAACUCAUUUGCAAUUAUUUUAACCCAUAUAUUACCGGUACAUUUAAGUUUAUCCUUUUAAAAUUAACAAAGAUAAUUUAAGUGUUAAUUAUUUUCAAAUUAAUUUUGUUGUUCUAACUCCCUCUCUGUCUUCUCCCCCACAGAGUAUACAAGACAAUGUCUUCCUCUCAGAGAAUCAAUUCCUGCUUGAAAAACUUGUUGCCAGAGUGGUCUGCCCCUACAUGGGUCAGAGGGGUGUCUACGAAGGAAGCCCAGAUCCCGUGAUUAAAGUCAAAUUAAAACCUAUUCCAUUCAACAUUCCCAAUGUUAUUGUAUCAGGUAGGACAGCAUGGAGACCGGACGCUAUUCUUUGGAAUAAUUUAUGUAUUAAACAAAUAUAUCUUUUUGUUAAACCCAAUAAUUACUUUCUAUGCUCUUCCCACAUGUAUUGGAAUAAAAAAAAAAUGAAAAAUUAAUAUGAACAUCUUGCUGAUCCUUGCAUAAAUCACUGACUAAUCUUUAAGCCUGACAUUUUUUAAUCACACCGGUACUGAAAAUUUCUAUCACCCAAAAAAUAUUUAAAUAAAAAUUGGGGCUCAUAAAAAAAAAAAGAAAAGAUGUGCAGAUAAGCUUAUUGUUGCAGUGACUACCCAGUUUGCUAAGCAUGUGGAACUAUAUCAUUUGUUUUUUAAUAGCAACUUUUGAAAUGGUGUUUUUUUUCUAAACCAUCCCAAAAUACAAAAGCUGCCAAACAAUAAUUUAUCUAUCUUUCUUUGCUUUUAAAAUUUUGAAAAUCCUUAAGAGUAUAAACAAUAUCUCAUUCUGUGAAUCAAAGUUGAGCUUUGACAUUUAAAUGUUCAGAUGAUGACAGAUAAACCAAGCUAAGAGAAACUUUGAAAAUUAACCUUUCAACGUUCAGAUUUAGAUAACAAUAAACCACCAAAGCUAAACUUCGUCUUUUAACUUUUUCAACUUUCAGAUAACGACAAAUACACCAGCAAAGCCCAGUACAAACUGGACAACCCCACCUCCCCUUCUCCUGUUGUAACCCGCAGAGGAGCCUUCCAAGACCUGAGCGGCCUGAAGAAGUUGAAGCCAGUUUUAGAACACAUCUAUGAUGGUGGCAGACGGCACAGUAUCAUGUCUUGAUAUCAGAUCAACUCGUAUCUGUACAUUUUAAUGGUAUCAUUUUCUUUUUGUACAGUUUAUUUCAUGUCAUAAAAAAUAUUUAUUUGUUAUAUAUAUUUUUUUAAAUACAUAAUUUUAUUUAUGUAAGUUAUAAAAAUGAUUGAGUCCAG